UUGUAUUGUAAAGGUCGAUUUCCUUCUUCAAGGUCGUUGAUCACCUGUUCAACGAUGACAUUUUUGAGUGUUCCGCUAAAAUUGUCUACUGAAGUUGACGUGAUAACACCACUAAAAAAGUUCAUAACUGGAAAGUUUGGGGAUGCUGUUGCUACGCAAUGUACCGAAUCCCUAAAAAAACUCAGUGUGUUUCGCCACGAUGCCUGUUUUGGACAUAGUGAUGAUCUAGGCAGUCGAAUCCAGUCACUUGCAUUAUAUCAUAAUGUAUUAUGGAGUUUAGAAAAACGACUUAAUACGUCAGAAGAUCUAGGUAUCCAUUGGAGCUGGAGUGAUAUAUGGCACAAAAAUUAUUCAAAACACUACUCCUUUAACUUCGAGCACGUGAAUAUAAUCUUUUGUUAUGCUGCAGCUCAUUCCAAUUUGGCUAAAACAUACAAUUUAAACUGUGAAAACUCGUUAAUGAAGGCUAUUUCAAGCUACAAGGUAGCAGCUGAGGCAUUCGAUUACCUUGCAUCACAUACGGAGCAAUCCUCUAAUGAUAUGACUCAAGAGGUACUGUCUGUAUUCAGCGAUGUUAUGAUUGCACAAGCGAAUGAAUGCAACUUUCUUCGACUUCGAAACGAUGAACCUGAAUAUCGACGUAUUGUCAACCAUAUCAAUAAAUUAUAUAAGAAGUGUUUGGAUUCAUUUUCCAUGAUUUCCAGUUGUCUUCAAGAUGAAGAUAUCAUUAAAUCUGUACCAGAGGACUGGUAUCGUGUUAUUAAAACUAAACAGAAUUAUUACAGCAUUUUGGCUAACACUUAUUUGGGCGAAGAGAAGCUAAGGCGUAAAAAGGACACCAAGGAAUCUAGCACACUCCUAGUCUCUAAAUUCACACGUAGUCUUUCAUCUCGUCGUUGGUCUGAAACGUUUCAAACUGUUAACGAGAGUGAAAUACUUGGUGAAUCUCAACCUGCUUCUGUCUUAGCAAACUAUAUUAUAACAAAAGAAAUGUUUCAAAUACCCUUACUUCCUUGUGAUUCAGGCGAUAUUUUUGACAUGUUGGUCCCGUUUCCCGUCCUUGAAGCUCUUAUUAUAGCAAAUGAUACUCGGACUGCAAUCAUCAAUUCAGAAUUUGCUAAAUUGAAAAAUGCUGAUACGGUUCUUGAAAGUGAAAUGAAUCAACACAAUUUUCCACGUUCAUUGGAACUCAGUGUAUUUCAACUGAUUUGUGAAGCAUUAUUAAAAGAAUCUGUCAAGGUUCAUCAAUCUGGUGGAGUAGAUAGUUUGAGACGUAAAGUUCAUUCACUGAAGCCAUUAGCUGGAGAACGAUUCAAAACUCUUGGAGAGAUAGAAGAAAUGCUACGUAAGGAGGAAAGCAAUGAUAUUGCUUUCAGAACUGGUUAUACCAAUAUUUUGUCUCGUGAACCGUCGGAGAAACUGAAUUCAUGUUUUCGUGAAAAAGUCGACAAAAUACGCUUGUCUGUUCAACUGGUUUCUGAAAAAGAUUACGAUGUGAUAGCAUUAUUUAAACAACAUGAAAUGAAUUUUCAAACAUUGGACAUGUCUAACAAUGAACUUUUAGUAUAUAUUCAAUCAAAUUUUGAACCUAAAGAAAUUGAAGUAAUAGAAGAAAUUGAAAAUUUACGCAAAGAUUUAAUUCGUAUAUGGGAUGAACUUAUUGUGAAUAAGCAUCAACGUGAUGAUGUAAUAAAAAUGUGGGAUUUAGUUUGUUUACCGCCAAAUUUUGUUCAUACUCUAACAAAAUGGUAUCGUACUCAAGGUGAAAUAAAUCAUAACGAAGUGACAUCUAAGACAUUUCGUGAUAAAGUUGAUGCUGCACGAAUAUGUGUCAAUCAAAAUUUGGAUGAACAACGAAAUUUAUUAUCUCAACUACGAAUUAAAUGUGAACCGUAUUUUAAUCAAAUUCUCAAAUAUCGACAGCAUAGUGUGAUAGCGAAUUUACAAGAAGCUUGUAAAUUAUUUUUAAGUAUACGUAAAGAUGUUGAGAAAAGUUUACAUUGGCAUUCGGAAUUCGAAAAAAUUUGCAAUGAAGAACUGCAGUUGGUAAGUUCUUUUUCUCGUGUUUGAUAAUUAUAUUAUUUAUGCAUAACAACAACAGUAGUUGCUUUGCAUUAGAUAUUGUCAGUGACUGAACUAUCGAUUAACAUAAUUCUGUGUGUGGAGUUAACCUGUGACUGUUAUGCAAACCAUUCGAUCUGUAAUGAAGAGUAAUGAAAAGCCUUACCGAUGAAACAAUCCUUUAUGUAUGUUGAUAUCGUGAAACGAUAUAGUGGAAACGGUGUUAGAAAAUACUGGGAUCUGUUAGUGAAUAUGACUCAUUAACGUAUGAGGUUGCUUACCGUUAUCAUUAAAACAUUGUUGAGACCUACAAUAUGGUUACUUGACACUUCUUUGUUAGGAAUGAAACAAAAUUGGAAGUUUCCUGUUCAAAGUCAAUCAGACAAUGUUAGAGAUCCCUAAUGUGAAAACUAGAACAGCACAUAAGCGAACAUUAAUAUUUUCAGUUAAAUCGUGAUCAGACUGUUAGCGGGACAUAGAUUGGACUAAAGCGUUUCGUGCAGCAUUAUGUCGGGGCGCUCUGAUUGGCUAUUUCGUAACUAAUCAGUACUACAGAUACUUGGAGAAGACUCUAGAAUCACCUUAUAUGAAAAUUAUAAAUAUACCAAUGUUUUUUAUUGUGAUUUCUACUUUCAUUCAGCCUUUUUAUUUGGAAUAUAAUUACGUUCCUGUUCAACUGUCUCCUGAUUUGGUGACUUAUUGAGUGAAUUCGUGUGCAAGAAUACUAAACAAUAAGAGCGGCUGGGUCGUUAAAAGCGAAAUCAUAACAGAACUUACUGUAACAUGCAGGGUUAUUUAUAUACAUACAUGAAAAUAUUAAACCAGUUAAGGCAGUUUGUGAGUCGAUGCUCAUGAUUCAAUAGAUGGCAUAAUAACAAAUAACAGGUAAAAAGUAUAAAUUGAUUCAUAAGAAGAUAGGUGUAAUAGUUUUGAUAAGAAAAAUGAGAUAAUCAAUGUUUUAAUCAGUAUUUCAGUACAGGAAGUAGGUCGAACUUGUGUAAAUAUUAGGAUAUUAUAAGUAUAGGGGUUUUGCAGAGAUUGUAGCAAUUUUCAUGGUUGAAAUCACUAUUGAGAACUCUAAAGUACUGGACGGCCGCUUCGUCCUAGUAUGGGACUUUUGCAAGUGAGCAUCCACAACCCUGAUUAUGGAAACCGAACCAAAGGUCUUCACUCUCGCGCGUUGACGCUUGACCUUUAGGCCACUAAACCGGCGUGAUUUCAAUCAAAUUCAACAUUCUCCAGAAUCCCAUAUUGAACAUACAUUAGUGUUGAUAAUUCUUAUUUCAUUGAAAAAUUGCAAGUCCUUCGGUUCAUUGAUUUGCAUAUCACAGUUAUGUACAUUUUGCAUGAAAGUACUUUCAUAUUUAAAUGAUUAGAGUUGUUUGUACGUUUAUUGCAGUUGAUUUCACAUACCACAAGUUAAUCGGUACGGCAAACAACUAACAAAGUAGUUCGAUCGAAAUCUGGUAUCUCAUCAAGAUAUUGAUUUCGUGUCAGGUCUUGAGGCACAAUGAUAACUACAGCUAUUUUUUGAUGCAAUAAAAUUAAUUGUCAAUCGGUCAUAAUGCAAACAUAAAACUAAGUUGUAAGCUCAUCACAUUGACAGUUUCGUUCAUUCUUUAACUUUCUUGGAAAGUCAAACCGUUUUGUAGUUUGGUUAUUAUAAGUACUUUAUUAUGUUAAGUAUACUACCAGAAGGUAUCUAUGAAUGUUUCAUUAGACCCUUAUCUAGAUUUAUUCCUAUCUGAAUAAAACGAAGACGAAGAACGAUAUUUCAUCAUCACUACUUAAGCAUCUAUUGUCAUGAAGUUUCUAUUAAUAAUUAUUCUACUGUGUUUCUUCAAUUGUAUGGGAAUAUCGUAAGUACUGUGUUAUGUUUGCUUUUUAGAGCGUAGACUAAGUGCACAAAUACUUAAUAUGCAUAAUUUUCAACUUUCUUUAAAAUGUCCACAUCUCACUUUGUUUCUUUGAUUCAAUGAUGUCAUCACCAGUAGAAAUUAACGAUAAACAAACGAGUAGGUAAUCUAUUAUAUGUACAUAUAUGUUUUAAUGUAUCAAAAUACUGAACAAGAGUUGAUUACACUUUUCACCUGUGUACAUUUUAGGUGAAUGAUUUCUGUUUGGCUCGUAGUGAUGAAAUUAAUCAAAUUAUAUCAGAAAAUGAACAAUGGGAAUCUGUAACCCAUGAUUCAGUAUCAAAAGAUUGUGAGUUAAUUUCACUGACUCUAGAAAAAGCUCUUCAUGUGCUUUAAUAAUACUCUACUUUUAAACACAGAAAGGUAGAGUAAUUCGUUGCUACUUAUAAUUCUACAGAUCUCUGAAAAGACUAGUUUGAAUCCCAUUCAAAAAAAUAAUCUAAACGUAUAAAAGACAUUUGUUCUGAAUAUGAGGUAUCUAAGUGGAUGGGAAGAUGUACAACAUGGGACCAUCUCUAUUUACGUUACCCCAAUCACUCUAUUAUGAUCAAUCUUUAAUCAUAACAUUCACGGCUUCCAAAUAUUUAUCAUGUUUCAUGAACAGCUACUGAUUUUCGCACAAUUCCACCUGACAGUUGGUUUUUAUAGAGAUUGAUUUCGACUUGUGUUUUUCAGUACAACCUUACCAUAGCCGAAAUUGUAUUUUAUUGUAGAGAGUCAGUUAGUACACUUAGUGUGCCAAUAUAUACCUUAGAUGACGUAUGAUCAUGAAUUAAUCGGUAUAUCUCCCUUAACUACAAGUUGGCAAUCCAUACUGAAUUGGUGGUUUCAUCACUCGUGGAAAAUUCAGUAAAUCGGUAUGAAUAUUCUAUUUGGAAGUGAAUUCCAACCUCGUUUCCUUAGUGGAGUACGAACCAGUUUUUCCUCAUUUUAUUCUAUAUCUUUAUUACCAAUCAAAAGUGUAUGUACAUGGAUAUGUAUAUAUAUUUUCAUACAUUUAUAGAAUACUUAUAUUUAAAAACUUGAAAGUUUUUCAGUACAACUCAGUAUAUUGAUAAAACCCUAAAGAUUCAUUUCUUAGAUUGAAAGAAUACACUUUUUAUAAAUAAUAGAUACAUCUUCCUCUACUUAUUCGAUAUAACUACUACGAUAUUUAAUUAGAAUUUUUCUUUAUGUUACAGGAAUUUAUUCAUCACCAUUAUCAUACCAAAUCAGCAUUAUGCAAAAUUAUUUUCUGCUUUUCAUUUGAUUAUCAUUGAAUAUUGCUCGGUUUUUUUUGUUUACAUUUGAUUCAUUCAUUACAUAACUUUUUAAAAUACAUAUAUACUCCCCAUCCAUUGUUAGAGAACAAUACACGGUGACGUCUACCCAUCAGCAUUCACAAAAGAUUUCUUUUUUUUUUAUAACAUCAUCCAUGGAUAAUAUUAACUAUGUCAUAAUUAGCCAUCUUUUUCCAAAGAGACUUAAGCGGUCAGUUUGUCUUAUAUUUUUAUUUCAUUUACGAUUACAUAUACAUUAAUUCAUCCCACCAGUGAUCUGUAAUUUUUUUAUUGUAUGAGUUAAACUAAGUCACUAUAUUCAUUUUUAUUUCCCAAUAUUAUGAAACUGAUUUUUUCUCCUUUCUAGUUUGAGCUAAUUUUGAUCGUAAUGGUUAACUUAUAUUUUCACUUUCUUUUUUUUUAAACAUUGUUUUAUGCGUUGAAUAAUAUAUUUAUACAGUUUGUCAUUUCUUCAAAUUAAACACUCUAUUGAAUGGAUAAAUCUAUUAAUGGGCCAAAUUAACAAAAGACUGGUCUACGACAGAAAACUGUUCAGUUAUCAAUUCAAUCAAAAACAUACAUUCGAAGUUCAUCAACAUAGAAGCAUAUUUCUUCAAUGGAUUGGCUCAAUCAAUUGUAUGACUUCUAGAACAAUUUGCAAUCAAAUAUUGCAGCGAGUUUAACAAUUUUGAGGAUAGUAGAAAUAUA